UUCAAAUCAGGUCUCCAAAGAAGCCUCAGAGCUUCGGCCUUCCGUGCCCCUCCUUCUUCAACCACAUACAAGCUUCAAUCCUCGAGAAGCUGUGGUAGCUGCGCCGCUGCUGCAUACCACCUCAACUCCAAGAAAGUCACAAGAAACUUCUCCGCGACAGCAACACCAAAGAUGGCCUCCGUGCAAGAAGUUAACCCUGCUGACGCCAAGAACUUGUCAUUCGUUCUUCAGAAGCCCUACGACGUCAAGUUCGAGGACCGUCCUAUUCCCCAACUUAGAGACCCUUACGAUGUUAUCGUCAAUGUCAAGUACACUGGUAUCUGCGGAUCCGACGUGCACUACUGGACGGAUGGUGCUAUUGGAGACUUCGUAGUCAAGGCUCCCAUGGUACUGGGCCACGAGUCGGCUGGCAUUGUCGAGCAAGUGGGAGACAAGGUGACAACACUCAAGAAGGGCGACCGUGUCACUAUGGAGCCUGGUGUCCCUUGCCGCAGAUGCAUACGCUGCAGAGAGGGCAAGUACAACCUCUGUGUCGACAUGGCCUUCGCAGCCACCCCCCCUUACGACGGAACCCUCGCCAAGUACUACCGCCUUCCCGAAGACUUCUGUUACAAGGUCGCAGACCACGUCUCUCUCGAGGAAGCCGCACUGGUCGAGCCGUUGAGCGUCGGUGUGCACAUCACCAAGCAGGCCGACAUCAAGCCCGGCCAGAGCGUUGUUGUCUUUGGCGCAGGUCCUGUUGGUCUGCUCUGCAUGGCCGUCGCAAAGUCGUUUGGUGCCACCAAGAUUGUCGCCGUAGACAUCAACGAGGAACGUCUCGAGUUUGCUCAGAAGUACGCUGCCACACACGUCUUCCGCUCUCAGAGAGUCAGCGCUCAGGAGAAUGCCAAGCUCCUCAAUGACGAGUGUGACCUCGGACUGGGUGCUGAUGCCAUCAUCGAUGCCACUGGAGCCGAGCCCUGCAUUCAGACAGCCGUCCACGCAGUGAGAACCGGUGGAACAUACGUUCAGGGUGGUAUGGGCAAGCCAGACAUUAAUUUCCCCAUCAUUGCUGUUUGUGCAAAAGAGGUGAAGGGGUCGUUCAGAUACGGACCCGGCGAUUACCAACUGGCCCUCGAUCUCAUCACUUCUGGCAGCCUCAGCGUAAAGGAACUCAUCACCGGACGCGUCAAGUUUGAGAAUGCCGAGCAAGCAUUCAAGGAUGUUCACGCCGGAAAAGGCAUCAAGAUGAUCAUCGAAAACCCCCAG